ACCCACACCCACACCCACACCCACACCCUCAAGUAAAACAUUUCGCCUCAUCUCUCUUCAUGAACAAAUAUACAGACAUCUAUGAAAGUAUACUUUGGGAUAUGCUUCAAUUACUUGUACUGGACAGGAUAGCUUCGUUUUCAUUUACCUUUUAUUUAAUAAAACCAGAUUUUUAUACCCAGUUUUUUAUCCUGAUUACGAAUCUGAAACCAUAUUUUUGGUUUGAAUGAAUAUAAAAUAUGUAUUAUUCUGAUUAUGGGUCCAAAUUAAUAGAGAUAUGCACUACCCCUCACUGUUUGUGAUCUGGACUAACUUUCCCUACCAAGGUUGAAAUCUUUUGAGUUAUACCUCAAACGAUACAGAAUUCCAAGGGCUUUCAGAAAAAAUAAAAUUUAUUUUGGGACAGCAUGAUUCAGCGUGGCUAGUGUCAAUAUUAUGAAAAAUCUUCGUUUUUAGGCAAUCGUCAUUUAACUCGUAUAUGGAGACUAUCACUUGAUAAAUAGCAUUGUAGAAUAUACUAAAUUAGUAAAUUUUGUACAGAAAACAUUUCUGAAUCUUUUGAGACGUCACUGAAUUCCCAGAAAUGUUCGGAUACUGAGAAAAGUGCAAAAUACUUGGAGCACUGAAAAAUAACGAUUUUUUGACCAACUGUCGAGGUGUGUGUCACUUGCAUGAUCUAGUGUUUUUCACAGGAAUAUCAGAAAGAUCUGAUAUUUUGGAUUUAAGAACUCCUAAUGAUGGUCUAUCGUUUUAGAUAGUUAAAUCGAAAAUCAAAAUUUUAUCGACGGCCGGUCUCAUACAAAAUUGGUCGGCCCUCUCGUGGACCCUCUCUUAAGUUUUCGUCUUCAAGUACUAUACCUCAUACUUUAUUUUCUUUGUAACUUGUAAUUCUCUCACUGUCUUUAUCAUGUUUGAAUAUCUAGAUUUCUCACCGUUCCUGUCAUAUAUUGGUUGUUUCUUCUUCUUUUCUAGUAUUCGUUGGGAUCUGUUAUUACGCUAUGAAUAUCGUAUAGUGCUUUUUUAUAGCUCUGAUGAUUCUACUUUUUUUUCUCAUACAUAUAGAGAGACAUUGUUAUUGCUUGACUUUUUUCUUUUUCUUUCGUUAGAAAAAUUAAAGUCAUAACAGUGAUUUCAAUGCUUUUUACAUUUAGUUCAAAAAAAUUACUUUCACCAACAACAACUUCUUCUAACCAUGAUUCUGAUGAAGAAUUGAACGAGAUGAGAGCAAUUGAUAACGACGAGGUACCUGAUGAAUUUAUUUAAGAUGAUAAUGACAAUUCUGAAGAUGAUGAUUCAAUAGUGAAAGAACCUGAUGAAAAUGAAACUGAUACUUCUUCAGCUAACAACACCAGCAGCGAAGAAGAAGAAGAAUAUUUAACAUCAUCACAACAAGAAAGACAAUCAGAAGAACCACAACAAGAAUUGGAAAAAUUAUUAUCAAAUCCUGAAGAAUUAACGAAUAAAAUUAAUCUUUUACUUAAAAAAUUACGAAAAUUAAUGUCGAUGAUACACAAAUCCAGUAUUUUGACUUCAUUCAUCCGUAGUGAAAUUCAACGAAAACAAAUUGAUUUAGAUGCAAUCAAUAAUUCAAACGAUCAAAACAACAUCAAAAUAAAUGAACUUGUACAAGAUUUUUAUGUUCGUUGGAACUCAACUUAUCUUAUGCUCAUACGUGUAGUAGCAAUUCAGCAAAUUAUCAAUGAUAUAACAUAUACUCCACAAGUACGUAUUGGUUUAACAUUCAAACAGAUUAAAACAUUGAAGUCAUUAACAAACAGUCACCUAGAUUGGGAAUUAUUACAAGGUUUAGCUAAUGUUCCAGCUCCAUUUUUUUUGGCUACUGUGUGCUUAUCAGGCAGCAAAUAUGUGACAUUAUCAUUAUCUUAUUGGGUUCAAAAAAAUUUUCAUACAUAUUUAUCAACAGCAACAACUAAUCCAUUAGAAAAUACAUUGAAACGUUUAUUAUUAAACAAGUUUAUAUUAUAUUUUGAAUCAAAACCAACACCACAACAAAGAAAUGGUAAAUUGAUUGCAGCAUAUCUAGAUCCAAAUACAUUUGUUGAUUUAUCUGAUGAAGAAAUCCGUGAAGCUGAACUAUUAAUUACUAAUAAAAAUAAAGCACUUCGUGGCGAGCCACAACAACAAAUUACAACUUCGACACAGUCAUAG